UACAAGCCAAUAUCAUUAAUUAGCUAACAAAAUGAAGAUGGGUUUUGGUUUGUGCGCCAUUUUGCUUGUUUCAUGGGCUUCGAUCGCCUAUGCAUCGGAUCCAGGCCAACUUCAGGAUUUCUGUGUUGCUGUUCCUGAUUCCAGUUCAGCAGUUUUUGUGAACGGGAAGUUCUGCAAGGACCCGAACAUGGUGGUCGCGGAUGAUUUCCUCAGACAGGGUCUAAACAAUGCCGGAAACACAUCCAAUCAGCUUGGAUCGGCCGUGACUGCAGUCAACGUCAACCAACUCCCCGGGCUCAACACACUGGGUGUUUCCCUGGCUCGUCUCGACUUUGCCCCUUAUGGGAUCAACCCACCCCACACCCACCCACGUGCCACCGAAGCGUUCCUCUUGAUGGAAGGCACUCUCUACGUGGGGUUCGUCACUUCCAACCCGGCCGAUCCGGCCCAGAAGAACAAGCUCUUCACCAAGUAUUUGUACCCUGGAGACGUCUUCGUCUUCCCACAAGGUCUCAUCCACUUUCAGUUCAACGUCGGCAAAACCAACGCGGUUGCAUUUGCCGGUUUCGGCAGCCAGAAUCCGGGUACCAUCACCAUUGCCAAUGCGGUGUUUGGGUCGGACCCCAAAAUUAACCCGGAUGUGUUGGCUAAAGCUUUCCAAGUUGAGAAGAACAUUAUCGAUUACCUUCAAGCUCAAUUUUGGUCCAAUAAUAACUAGUAAAACUUACGCAUCAAACAACAUAUAUUGUGUCUUUUUAAUUCAAUAAAUUAAAAUAUUUACUUGUUAUAUAUCUGCUUGACUUGGAACACUUUGUGUUUCCGAGUAUUAUAUACUAUCAUGUGAUGGUGCAAAUGUUUGACUUAAGUAAUAAAUAAAAUUCUUCAUAUAUCAUCUUUUUA